AUGGCUAUCGGUGAGUCGGACAGGCCCUUCGACAGCUCCAGUGCCUGGAGAGAGUCUAUAGAUUCCGACUCUCCGGGCAAGGAGAAGCAGCGUGCAGGAGAGCCAUCAGGGCCUCGUGGUGGCAGUGGUGUUGGAGCCAGGUCCAGAGACCCAAGAUAUAAUAAGCCCAGAGGCUUUUGGACGCGUAUCCUGAAGCACUUCAAGCGGUAUUGGCUGUGUUAUGGCCUCCUGGGCAUCAUAUUUCUGGCAAUCUUCCUGCCCGUGUUUUUCCUGGUAAUCAUACCGGCAAUUGCGCAGAGGCUAGUCAAUGAUGCUAGCAUUCCAAUCCACUCUGCAGCUAUCAUGCAACCAACCCCGGAUAGCUUAAUGUUCUCGCUGUCUGCAUCUCUAAAUGUUCCCCUCGGGCUCAGUGUGCGGAUAGAUCCACUCAACUUGAGUCUAUUCAAUCGAGAUGUGAAGCCGAGAAAACCAUACGUGACGGCUCCGCUCAAUGGACUUCGCCUGAAAGGCAAAUCCGACAUCACGAUUACCAACCAGACGACCAAGAUCCUGGACGAGGAGCAGUUCACUAAAUUUUUGAGCAAUGCGGUUUACUCGAAGAGGUUUAUCUUAUCGGCUUAUGGUAAGACAACAGCCCACUUGGGAAAGAUCAAAGUUUCCCUCACCCUGGAUAAAGAUAUAGAGCUAAAUGGACUCGAUAUGUUGAACGGGUUCUCUAUUGACGCCGCCAGACUGGCCCUCCCACCAGAGGAUGACGGUUCCAACCUGGUUGGAAAAGCAACACUGCCAAAUUACUCUGUCGUGACAUUUGCUCUGGGGAAUGUCACUCUCAAUCUUAAGGUCGAUGACCUGAUUCUAGGAAACGGUACUAUCAACAAUGUACUGCUGAAGCCUGGAAACAACUCAGUUCCGUUGCGUGGAGUGGUGGAUAUCCCAAAUGCGAUCAGGAAUAUUGGGCCUAUUUUAGCUGCAGAGACAGAGGCUCUGAGCCAGGGAAAUGUGAUGAUCUCAGCAUCCGGGAAUUCGACUAUCUACGACGGGGAGCAUAUAUCAUACUAUGAGAAGGUGUUGAAUAACCUGACCAUCAGCGCGAACGUGCCCAUUCUCAAGGUGCUGUUUGGUUCCAUCUCCGGAUUGGUGUCAUCGAAUCCCGACGUGAUGCAGAACGUGACCGACGCGUUGCGGCAGGCGAACUUGUCGUCCAGCCAAGAUAUGUGA